GUACACAGUUCACUCUCAUCUAGCCUUUCUUCCUCCAUCUUGCUCGAGAAACAAAGCAAUGGUUCUUGGAGUGCUUGUGAGUCCCCCAGCCACGGUGCUAUGGACCUUCCUGGGCCUGGCGCUUCUCUGGCAGGUCAAGCGGCUGGUUGAUUACACGUGGUGGCGGCCACGGCGGCUCCAGCGGGCGCUGCGCGCGCAGGGCCUCCGCGGGACGCCGCACCGCUUCCCCGUCGGCGACCUCGGCGACUACGGGCGGCAGGGCAAGGAGGCGUCCUCAAGGGCGCUGCCGCUGCGCUGCCAUGACAUCCGCGCCCACGUCGCGCCUUACCUCUACAACACCGUCCGGGAGCACGGCAAGACGUGCGUCUCCUGGUUCGGCCCCGUCCCCAAGGUGACCAUCGCCGACCCCGGCGUCACCCGGGAGGUGAUGUCCAACAAGUUCGGCCACUUCGAGAAGCUCCAGUUCCCCACGCUGACCAGGCUCCUGGCCGGCGGCGUGGCGGUCUACGAGGGCGAGAAGUGGGUCAAGCACAGGAGGAUCCUCAACCCCGCGUUCCAUAUCGAGAAGCUCAAGCUCAUGAUGCCGGCGUUCUCUGCGUGUUGUGAAGAGCUUGUGAGUAGAUGGACCCAGUCCCUUGGUUCUGACGGUUGGUGCGAGGUGGAUGUUUGCCCGGCGUUCCAGACCCUCACCGGAGAUGUCAUCUCACGAACCGCGUUUGGCAGCAGCUACCUCGAAGGAAGAAGGAUUUUCGAGCUGCAGUCUGUGCAAGCCGAUCGCAUUGUGGCCGAAGUUAAGAAGAUCUUCAUUCCUGGUUAUAUGUCCUUGCCUACCAAGAAGAACAGACUGAUGCAUCAGACUAAUAACGAGAUUGAAUCCAUUCUACGAGGCCUGAUUGAAAAAAGAAUGCAAGCGAUGCAACAAGGAGAAAGCACCAAAGAUGAUUUACUCGGCUUAAUGCUUGAGUCAAACAUGAGGGAAACAGACGACAAGGGUCAGCCCAUCCUAGGAAUGACAAUUGAAGAAGUGAUAGAGGAAUGCAAAUUGUUCUAUUUUGCAGGGUCAGAGACGACAUCGGUACUUCUCACUUGGACAAUGAUCGUACUGGCCAUGCACCCUGAGUGGCAGGACCGUGCAAGGGAGGAGGUCCUUGGCCUAUUUGCGAAGAAUAAGCCCGAGUAUGACGGCUUUAGCAAACUCAAAACUGUGACCAUGAUUCUUUACGAGGUUCUCCGUCUUUAUCCGCCCGCCGUUGCAUUCAUGCGAAAAACAUACAAGGAGAUAGAGAUUGGAAGCAUCACCUACCCUGCCGGUGUGAUCAUCGAGCUUCCUGUGCUGCUUAUCCACCAUGACCCAGACAUAUGGGGAAGCGAUGUGCAUGAGUUCAAGCCAGAAAGGUUUGCUGAUGGGAUCGCCAAGGCAUCCAAGGAUCCUGGUGCCUUCCUCCCAUUUGGUUGGGGUCCACGGAUCUGCAUCGGUCAGAAUUUUGCUCUGCUUGAGGCCAAGAUGGCUGUGUGCAUGAUCCUUCAACAUUUCGAAUUCGACCUUGGCCCGACGUAUUCUCAUGUGCCGCAUAACCAGAAAAUGUUGCGCCCCAUGCAUGGUGCACAAAUUAAGCUCAGGGCAAUAUGAUGGUGAGUAUUAUAGCAGUGUGCAUGAUGUCAUUUUUAUUACAUAGUGUUUAGUAGUUGGCCAUGUAAUAACCUUUCAUACCUACAGAUGUUUGAAAUAAAGUCCAACCAUGUUGCGCAUA